AGUGAGUGGGUGAUGUCCCCGUAAUAAAGCAAUUAUGUACAUAUAAUAAUAAUCAUAAUAAUAAUAAUGAAUGAGGAUUUAACGACGAGAACAAAGGACGGAGCACACGGGGUCGACGGCGGAGCUCUCUCUGCCGGCGUUAUCCGCUUGUCGCUGUUGCCGCCGCCGACGAAUGGCUGUGGCGUCGGCUUUUGGAACCCGCGCGAUAGUAGUAGUCGCGCACCGGCCGAGUAACCGACGACGAACCCCGCGAUCCCGUUCCACCCUAACAUCUUUCGUCCUCUGUCCCGCAACAAGUGUUCACCGACGACAUAAAACGCGUACACGCAUUGGCGAUCCCGCAGUCGUCACGCAGGCCGAGUCGUUUCACCAUACGCUGAAUAAGAAAAAAUGAGGAUUUAUGCCGUUCACGGAUUUAAUUCGAUCCUCUCGCGAAAUACAUUUCCAUAUGCCACGUAACCCGCAAUCCUAGCGGGGAACUCAGUGUAUUUUCAAUAGUGUGUCAGAUAUAAAUCAAUAUUCCAAAACACUGUGGGAAGAGCAAAACAAAUCUAACAAAAUGAUACCCACAAACGUCAUGUCAUUCAUCAACAAGAUCGUGCCUCCUGUACCAGAAACUAACUCUGGGUCUGAAUCAUCAGUGCCGGAACAAGGCACUAGAUUCAGUAAAAUCAGACAAACGCUGUCAUCAAGUUUAAUGACAGCACAAGACAAAAUGACCACCAAGCUGAAUAGUGCUAGUAGUCGUCAGAAUCCGGCAGAAAAUAGUCCUACUUCUAGUCCUGCGUCUCCGCCAGAAGAUAAUACGAAUAAGCAACCAACUACAACAUCCAAACCGGAGAUGGCCAAACAACCAGCGUGCCGGUCUGGUGGCUGUCGCGUUUGUUUGAAAAGCUUCAAAGAAGGCGACUACUCGCGCGUGUGCUUCGGGUGCAAGUUCAAGGUGUGCGAGGACUGCGCAACCUCGUACACGAAGGUCGGCGAAGACGAGAACACUUGGUGUUGCAGUAUUUGCCGGCGCAAACAACAAAGUUCGUCGAUAUUGCAACCGGUGCUGACGCAGAACUCUACCGACAGCUUGUUGGACGUGCCUAUAGCGGACACGUUACAGCGGCGGCAUUCAGACGUGAAAAUUGGACGCAAUUCUGGGAAUGCCGGGUCUGGGAACGGAUCAUUGGGAUCGGGACUGGCACCGCCACGGUCACCCGAGCUCCGACGGCACUCGGAUGUGUCGCCGGCCACACUGAAGGACAUGGAAAAAGCUGCAGCUGCACUGAAAGUAGGCGAUAGGAGUCGUAUCACGGACGACAAACUGUGGAACAGGGACACGGGACUCAGACAGAAACGAGGAUCGGCCGGUGCAGUGGUUGGCCAAAGUACGAAUCAAACGCAGCCCACAGUGUUUCGAUUUGACACCCGCCGAGAGUCAAAAAUAUCCAUACCUGCCGAUGAUUCUACGGAUGAUCCUGACGACGCAGAAAAUCGUUGGAGGAGAGGAGCACGGGGUGCUGUGCAAAGGGUAAGAAGAAAGUCCAGGGUGCAAAAACAACAUAGCUAUGAUGAUGACAUAAAGCCCGGCGUUGGGCAACAAGGAGGACAGGGUGUCACUUCGACUUUGACUGCUGAGGGACAAGCUCAACUGCCGAGACGAGCGUCAGCGUAUGAUGUGUAUCAAAACCGCGUGGACCAGCAGCAGCAGGGUUCGUCGCCGGCGAGUCGAAGGUCCAGUUUCCGGAUACAGCAAGACGACGACAUUAGCGGUGGUGGAGGUGUGCAGCAAAAAGAUCAGUCGCAAAAUCUGGGAAUGAACAACGACGAGGAGUGGAGGCCACGGAGACGCGGUUCGCAACUGCCAGACAUUAGCAACUUACGGUCAGCCGCCGAGUCCAGAGGAAGUCGAAGCUCGUUUUCCAACAGGGGCGGCGGAGACGGUCAACAACUGCAACAACAGCAACCGCAACAGCCACAACAGCAGCCACCGCCCGUCAUCCAAGAAACAGAACAGAACGAAACUGUCCGCAGACAGCCGUCGGUAGCCGGUGAGGAGAUCAAGAUAGUCAUACAUGACGUGGAUUUCGACCCGAACACUAUGGGUGUUCGUUCAGGAUCCAAGCGCAAAGUAAUAUUGAAGCGUGACCUCACAGACAAAGCUCAUCGAACUCGAGGAUUUGGGAUGAGAGUCGUGGGAGGUAAGAUCGGACCGGACGGACAGAUGUUCGCGUCAAUCGUGUGGACCGUUCCGGGUGGCCCGGCAGAAAAAUCUGGUCUACAGCAAGGCGAUAAGGUCCUCGAGUGGGCUGGCAUGCCGUUGGCCAAUCGCAGUUUCGAGGAGGUGUGUGGUAUCAUCGACCGUUCAGGUGACGUGGUGGAACUGUUGGUGGAACAAGGAUACGAAUUAAGGAUUUGCGAUCUACUCGACGAGCCCGGACCAAUGACGUCUAGAAAGAACUCUGGUGAAGCUAUGGGUUUGCAACUAGAUGGUUCAGACUCUCCGGCGUCCCCGACGAGAAGAAAACUACCUAAGACUCCGACGGCUGGCAUGGCUCAGCCCAUCCCCGAAGAUUCCAUUCGAGAAAGGAACAUCAUUGGCGGUAUUCAGAUGCAAGUCUGGUACAGGGACGGCAAAAAUGAAUUGUCCAUAUCUGUCUUGGCAGCCAACGGCUUGCAGAUGAGAAACGACGCUGAUUAUGGUUCACUACCCGAAGCAUAUUUGCAGAUAAAACUUCUUCCGUUCACCGUGGAGACAAAUAUUGUAAGGACCGAAGUCGCAGAACCAUCACUGAAUCCUAUAUGGAAUACCACACUUGAAAUGCCAAAUGUUCGUUCUGAGACACUAAUCGAAAAGCAAAUGGAAGUCAUACUUUACGAUUACAGACCAGACAAAGAGGACGUAAUAUUGGGUGAGUUUGUAGUAAAUUUACAAAACGCACUUUUAGACAACGCAAUGAUAUGGUAUGAAUUGGAGUCACCGAAUCAUAGCAAAGCCUCUAAAUCACCUAGAAGUUCAAUUUCCGAAACUGGAAAAGGAGGAUUACGGGGUCAAAUCCGUUCAGUAUCUGAAGAACGUGAGCUCGAUGGAUUCUUGCAUCCAGAUCACGCUUACAUGGCGAACUCUCGCCGAGGGUCCAGCCAGUCGGAACAGUUGGACGUUGAACCGUAUCAGUUGAACAAAGAUUUCUCUCGGUCGUUGCCCGGAUCUCGUCGCAGUUCGUUCCAAUCAAUACAAAACACCGAAAAGGAUCCUGAGCUAACGACCACUCCCUAUACGAACAGAAGUCGACGCAGGAGUUCGUGCACCCCCCGGCAAGAUCCAGACGAGAUCCUCAAAAAUUUGAAAGCCGUAAAAGGAGAGUUACUCGGUCGAACUAUGAGCAUUUGUGGUGAUAAGAGGGGAAUGCGAAGGGGUAGCCUGUGUAUGCGACCAUACAAAGAGUCUGUUAUGGAAAAACCCGAACCAACGUCCAAAUACGAAGACGAACCAGUUGGUGACCCCAUUCGAUUGGGUCCAGGCCAAAUUAUGCCACGUGGAUAUGGCAUAAGUUCAGGUUGUCAUAUUGAACUUAAACUAGGAUUACUAAUGACCAAAGGUCAACUUGAAGUUGACGUUGUGUGCGCUCGAGGAAUUAGAGCCGAAGAUUCGCCACCAGAUACUUACGUGAAGACGUAUCUCCGAGAAAACGACCGCUGGUUGCAGAAACGUAAGACCCGCGUGGUCCGACACAACUGCAAUCCGGAAUACAACCAAACACUUAGAUAUUCCGCGUGCGAUGUGUUGGGUAGAUCACUGCUGGUAAUGCUUUGGGAGCGGCAAAAGGGCUUUGAGCACAACCAAGGAUUGGGCGGGGCCGAAGUCACGCUCGACGCUCUGAAGCUGACACAGGUCACCGAAGGAUGGUAUCCACUUUUCCCCAUACAGAGUUUAGGCUCAGACUCCAACGACUCUCCGUGACGUCAUGCCAUGAAAUGUCGUUUGUAAUUAAUAUCAACUCCGCGGAAACCACUACACCCACCUCCAAGUACUGACAUCUUGGGAAAUGUAUUAACAUUUAACUGUGUUCUUUCGAGUUUUUCUUUUUUUUUUUUACCAUUAUGCUAUAAUAUAUUUUCUUACCAUUAUACGUUAUCCUGCAAUAUACCUACCUACUUAUUUAGCUCCCAAAACUCAUUCUGUUAUAUCAUUGAACCCCUGACUAUAAAAUGUACGAAAUAUAUCGUUAGUGGAUAUUAUAUUAAAGAAACUUGCAAACCGUAUGAUAAAAACCAACUUUAUUUAUUAAACUUCGUCUCUAUGACCGGACAAAAAUCGAUUUCUUUAUAAUAAUUUAAAAUUUUUUUGAAUCAUUGUAUAGUUUUUAACAUAUUUUAUAAAAAAGUAUUUUAGUAUUUUUUUCAAUUUUACUCAACUUUCAACAUAUCUAUUACUAACCGAAGGGCAAUCGACGUUAAAACAUUGUUCAAACUACUUAUACAGAUAAUAAUAUGAUAUUAUAUAAUAUUAUAUGUGGAAUUUUGAUUUAAAAAAAAUAUUGGUUUUAAAAAAUAGUAAUGACAUUGACAUUUAAUCAACUAUUACGUGUAGUAGGCAAUUAUAGUAUUAAUAAUCAAAAUGGAUAAUUAAAAUUACCUAACAUUUCAUUAUAAAUUACACACUACGCCCUAUAAAAAAAUAAGUUUAGACGUUAAGUGAUAUAAUUUAAAAUAAUAUAAUCACGAUAACCUACAUGUUAUUGCUGAUUAUUAUACCUGUAUUUAUAAUCUUAGAAAAAAUAUAAUACCAAUUAGAUGUAUAAAUAUUUAAAUAAAAAAAAUAUCUUUUUAUUAUAGAUAAUUUUUCAAUAGAUUAUUAUUUUAAGAUGUACAGUAUCAUACCCAUUAAAAUAUUGAGCAUUUAAAAUGUAGUUGUUUCUAAUAUAUAUGUAUAUUAUAACAUACAUAUUAUUAGAAUAGAACCAAUAUACUAUGUAAAAACACACAAAUAUUUGUACUAAUAAUUGAAUACUCUUACUUGAUAAUAUUAUGAAGUAUAUAAUCUGAUUGGAAUACAGUUUACUUUAUAAUUUAUUUAUUUUUAAUCGUCUAUAGUAUUUUAAAUUUUCUUUAUUGUUCGAAAAACUAUAAUUUAUUACAUAAUAAUAUAUAAAAUUACAUAAAGAAACGAAUGAUAGACAUUUUCUUUGGAUACAAUAUAAAAAUAAUAAACCAAUAAUUUAUGAGCUAUUUGAACCAUAAUAUAUAAAUAUGGGACCAUUUAUUAGGAACAAAAUGGUUAGGUUAAGACACAUUUAAACAGUGCUAUGUACGGUUAUAAUAAUAAUUAUUAUAAUCAUUGAACAAAGUUACUAGAAUAAUGUUAUAUUUAUGGUUCGUACUAGUUGUGAUAUGAACGUACUAGUGAAAAGACAUGUAUGUUAACGGUUAAUAAUGAUGUAAUUAAUUUAAUAACACAUUUAUACAUAGCAAGUGUAUAUUUCAGAAAUCUUAAAGUUUAUAUAUUUAUACGUAUUUUUACUUGUGUACUUAAUUUUUUAGUUGAUAUUAUCAUUACUUCGAUUGAUUUUUUUUAUCUAUUGGAAUUGUUAUGCUGUUAUAUAAAGAAUUAUUUACGUACUUUCGAUGAUUAUUUUUUAAGUUAUGUUAAUAAACUUUUUACCGGUUGUAUAACUGAACGUAACGUUGUCUUGAAAAUAAUCUUAUUUCUAUUUGAGUUGUUAAAUUAAGUCAACAUUUGCCGUGUUAAAAAUGUUUGUUUUCAUUCCACAUGGAAUUAUGAGAAUAUUUUACCAAAAACUAUAAAUUAAAUUAAGUUAGGUAUACUAUUAUAGUGAGACGAUGUAAAAUAAGUCGUACAUUUAUUGACUGUCUAGUAAAACGAUUUUAUUGAGACAAUCUCAUAUACAUACGUAAUUAUUAUUGAUACAAUAUUUAGAAUUAUAAAAUAUAUCCAUAUAAUAGGCAUUAUACAAAUUAUUAUUGUAAUGUAAUUUUGAAAAUCGCAACAUUAAUAUUGUAUAAAUCUCUGGCGUAGAUUUUUAGUACCUAUACGUACUUAGGUGUUCUAUAUUAUUACAUGCAUUUAGAGUAAAUACGGUUUUCGAUAUUAUAAUAUGAACAUUAUAAUAAUAUUAAUAUGGCGCUUUGACACGGUGGAAAAACACGUUAUUAAUUUCGGCCGGAAAUUACCCUACAGGAUAUUAUAACAUAUAAGAUAUUAAGUAAGCAUUAUUGUUCAUUAAUAUUGUUUCAGUCGAUCUGCUGUUUGGCCGCCAUUAUAUUAUAAUAAUGAUCAGAUAACAAUAAUAUUACUACUCAAAUAUAAUAUAGGUAAUCAUAAUAUUAUUAUAUACAUAGCUCGAGUACGGUUUUGUUUUUAUUGUAUAAAUGUUUUAAGGAAAAAAAAUUCGUGAUUCCCACUUGUUAACACCGGUCUUAGUUCCAUUUUACCAAACAAAUAAUUUGUAUUUUUAGUUGCGUUUCGAAAGUUACCAUUCGAUUAUAUUUAAGUCACUGUUUUGAAUAAUAUGUAUGUUAUUCAAUAGUGACAUUUUUUUUAUCAUUAUUAUUUGACUUUUUAAUGUUUAUUAUGUUUUGAUAUUUUGUUAAAUAGAUUUGUUUAUAUUACUGUAUAAUUAAAUUCAUGACAAUCUUUAUUCGAAACUAUUGAAUCACAUGUAGGAAUUAAAAAAAGAUAUCGGACCCAAGAUACUAUAUAAUAUAUUUAUUUAAAAAUAUGUAUAAUAGCGUAAAUGUUAGCUGUUAGAAAAACAAAUAUUUAUCAAUUAUAAUAAACAUGUUUAAAACAAUAA